AUGAAGCUGCAAAGUGAAUCGAUUGAGAGGGUAUGGAUUGGAAAUGACUGGUGGAAUAAAAAGUGUAGAAGGCGUCGAGCCCUUCUCUUGCGUAAAUACAUUUUCCAAGGUGGAUUGCAGGUGUUCGGUGUAAUUACAUUCGCUGUGACAGGACUGAAAAGCGCGAGAAUAAGGGUUGACUUUCUAUUAGAGCGCGAUACUUCUUUAUCGUCAAAGCGUAUCAUCAAUGCGCCUGCUACGAUGGUUGCGUAUGCUCCUGAUGUUGGUGAUUGA